GGGGCGCGCACGACAACAAGCGCGGAGCCUCGGCGGUGGCCGGCACCAUGGACAACUUCCAGAAAGUGGAGAAGAUCGGGGAGGGCACCUACGGAGUAGUCUAUAAAGCAAUGAAUAAAGUGACGGGAGAGAUGGUGGCUCUGAAAAAAAUAAGGCUGGACGCGGAAAUGGAAGGAGUGCCAAGUACUGCUAUUCGAGAAAUAUCAUUAUUAAAAGAAUUAAAUCAUCAAAAUAUUGUAAGACUGCUAGAUGUUAUCCACAGUGAAAAGAAAUUGUAUUUGGUGUUUGAAUUUCUCAAUAAAGAUCUGAAGAAGUAUAUGGACUCUGCUCCUCCGACUGGGCUCCCCUUGCAAUUAGUUAAGAGUUAUCUGUUCCAGCUCCUUCAAGGUGUCGCAUUCUGUCACUCUCACAGAGUUCUUCAUCGAGAUCUGAAACCACAAAACUUGCUCAUUAACGAUGGCGGUGCAAUCAAAUUGGCAGAUUUUGGAUUGGCAAGGGCUUUUGGGGUUCCUGUGCGCACAUAUACGCAUGAGGUUGUAACCUUAUGGUAUAGAGCACCAGAAAUUUUAAUGGGAUGUAAAUUUUACUCAACAGCAGUGGAUGUUUGGAGCAUUGGAUGCAUUUUUGCAGAAAUGAUUACAAGAAAACCCUUGUUUCCUGGAGAUUCUGAAAUUGACCAGCUUUUCAGGAUUUUCUGCACACUUGGUACACCAAAUGAGUUUGUGUGGCCUGGGGUUACUCAACUACCUGACUACAAAGCAAACUUUCCAAAAUGGAACAGACAAGAUUUCAAUAAGAUACUACCCAAUCUGGACAUAGAUGGCAGAGAUCUGCUAAUGCAAAUGCUCCAGUAUGAUCCUAACAUGAGGAUUUCUGCAAAACUUGCCAUAAGUCAUCGAUUUUUCAAUGAUGUGACCAUUCAGGUGCCACAUGUACAGCUAUAGAGUGAUCUUCAAUUGGAAAAUAAAGGAAAAAUCUUAGUUUUCUUUCUUUAAAAAUUUCUUUCAAUGCACUCUUUUCCUAGAGAUUAUGAUAUUUAUCAGAAAAUGAAAAUUACACUGGUAUUUUGUAGUGUCUGGGUUUAAUAAAAAUUAAUAACAAGCUCUGAAGGGAACAAAAUACACAUAUAUGUAUUGUAUUGUGGGCAGUGGUUUAACGCAUUUAAAUUGUUUUGUUCUAGUUUUAUAAAAUGUUAUCUCUGAAAUUACAUUUAUUGUAAAUAAAAAAGCUGGAAA